AUGCAUUGGAUCAAUGCAGCAUACAUCAGUUGUUUAAAGGCGCACGCAUUUAUUUGCCGAGCGGGUCUCGAGACGAGAGCGUCCGCGACUCAGCAAUCUUGCGUUUUCGCGGUUUUUUGGACUAUUCAAAGGCAAUUCUUGCUCAUUCUCAACUGUUCGUGGUCUAUAAAGGUUUGUCGAGGUUUUUUUUAAAUGAAAAUUAGGCCAAUUCUGAUCAUUUAGCUUUAGUACCGACUUUUUCGCUAUUGACGAACAAAAUCAGUCAAAAAUCAUAUACCUUCUACCCGCAUUUUUCAAGAAACAAGCAAAAAGUUAUCGAUAUUUUGCAUUAAACGCUCUUUGGUUUGAAUGACACUGUUUCUUGACCUCAUUUCGUGUGUAUGAUUCAUUUCCACGUCGCCCCUUUUAUUUUCCACCUAGCAAAAAUCAUUUCCGUUUAGUCGGGGGGAAUUGUCAGUUUUUGCUUUUCUCGCUGUUCAGUUCUAAUCUGUCAUUCUGUUUGUACUGACUUGCAAUUUCCAUCCAGUACAGUGUAUACAUAAAAGAUGAUAAUUCUUAUCGAGCACCCUUUCUCUUUCUCUCCGUUUUUGUGCAGUGUUCAACACAACGAAAAUAUUGAAAGUUACGUGGCUGCUGUCUAUGACUCUCUUCUCCAUGACAUCACAGCAGAGACGACAAAGACAAGCGAAGAAAUAGUGCGCAAACCGGUGAAAACGGGAGGAGAUAACGUGUAGCGGGAUGAGGUAGUCGACAUUGCGAUUGACAAUGCCGGGCGAGCGAGACGCAGAUGGUUUAGAGAACACUAGAGAAACCGCGCCUCUGGCCGCUCACAGCCAGUCCAGCAAGCCCCUUCGGGCAUCGACGCAUAGACACACAUCAAUUCCGCCCCAAUUUUCCUUCAUUUCGUCAAGUAUUUCGUAACUUCUCGUCAUAGCUCAAAACCUGACUAUAAAACUCAUUAUUGCAGAAGCCCACUUCUUACACUUGGUUUACCACAUCAGAUAACUGGGAGAUCCAGUUGUGCAUGUUCUUGUGCCCACACAAACUCGCGCCAAUUUGCACUUAUAUGAUCGACAACCCUCAGGAAGGUAAGCUCAACACGUGGCAUCCUCGUAGCCUCGUGCUCUUUUGCAACGUUGCUAUGGAGAACGGGGUGGGUGAAAUUUUUGAAAAAAGUGAUCAUUAGUUAAAUCUCCGUGUGUGCCUGUUCGGACGAAUCCUGGAGGUCUGUUUUGGGUCAACUUCUCCAAUCCGCUCUUGGUGGUUAUACUAAAGUGAACCCUGCAGCUAUAAACAAAUAGUUGUUUUUGCAAAGUGAAUCGUACUGGGCGAAACUAGUUUGCGCCAACGAUUUGUUCCACUCCUUCAACAUUGGGAUGUUCGAUUGUCAGAACGAGCACAACAUUGAAAUGUCGUUCCGGUGAUUAAGCGCUGCUUCGGUGCGGAAAAAGGACAUGACCAGAAUCUAUUCUCCGCUUAUCAUGUGCGAUGGCCAGCUGACUAGAUCACGACGUGGCGUUGGUGACAAAUCGAAGCAAAAAGUUCGUAAAUCUGCAGAACGCGCGAAGUGUCAAUAAACGAUUGAAUAAAGCGUCCAACAGGAUCAUUUUUCCGCACUGAACAUGCGCAAUAAAAAUGAACACAGUUCAACUAUAAAAAUCACUUUUGGAAAAAGGGAUUUCACUAAACGAGUCUCUCGGAACCUGUGAAAAUUCAUGCGAUUAUCAAAGUUCCACGUCGAACAUUGCAUUCGCGCUCUCAUAAUUUGUAUGUUCGUUCUUACGCCUGUCAUCGCGGGUUUUUUGGCUGCCCAUAAACCCCACCUAUGAAGGGGAGAGAUAGAUAGUGGGGGCACAUAAUCGGUUUGUCAAGAGUAUCAAUCACCAUCAUAUUUUCAGGGAGGUUGUCCAGAAAGAGAAAGAAACUGAAGAUUUGCGAAUCGAUAGCGUCGUCAUCUCUCGACGCCAGCCAAGCCAAGAUCGUUUACAACAGUGUAUGCAAUUCUCCAAAUCCACAUAUCAACCGGACUCGUGAUAUUUACUUCUUGUAAGUGUCGGCCUACGGGAAGUCCUAAUGCUCACAGUGGAUGGUAGCGAUUUUCAGAAGACGGUCUAAACAAAAGCAUUCGCCAUGGCUCUCAACGUGA